AUGGCGAAUCAGGUCAUCGACAAGGUGCUUCCGUUCGUGGUAACUGAGGAAGAGCUUGAACCCGGCAGCCACAUCUUUGUAAGGCGGUGCAACGGCUUGUACACCCACCAUGGAAUUUACGUCGGAGAAGGCACUGUUAUUCACUUUACGAGAACACGAGGAGUCGACAGGACGUGUCUCGACUGCUUCCGGCGGGAAGGCGAGAAACUCCACUCCCUACGCUCAUUGCCAACGGGAUGGGGCAAUUGCAAAAAAUCGGCCCGGGAGGUCGUGAACAAGGCUCGCGACCUUCACGAGGGCGGCGGUUUCGGCGAGUAUCACCUCUUUAAUAAUAAUUGUGAGCAUUUUGCCACGUUUUGCCGGACCGGUGUCCGGAAAAGUGCGCAAACAGCUUCGAUCUGUGCUUGUGCACGGAAGAUAAAGAAAGUCCAAGUAUGGGCCUUAAAGCUUCUCGGAAAAUCAAGAUCAAAUGAUCCUAAAAUUCGUGGUGACUCAGGCAUCGAGAGUAAAAACUUGAUCGUUGAGCAGGCUUGA